CUGACUCAGUUCAGUAGUCUGAUAGUGUAUAUAAACAUUACUGCGUACUAGUGCGUACCUACAUAAACAUUUUAUCAUAUAAGUAAAACACGACAAAAAAAGCUGAGAUAGAAGAGAGUACAGCUCGUCGCGAUUUGCAACCUGUAAAUUUACGAUACUGAUAAUACUUAUACAUUUUUAAAAGACAAGCUGAGGAUAUAUAAAUAACAGAGCGGAGAGGCCCUCACUCCCGCACAAACAUGUCUUUAAACACGGCACACGCCAACGGUGGUGUAUUGAUACACUCUGGUGAACUCAUACUAUUAUUUAGUGACCAUGUUACCAUGGAAUUCCAUGGCCAAGAGCAGCCAGAGUUUCUUGGACCGAAGAAAGGCAGACUGUACCUGACAACACAUAGAAUGAUAUUCAAUGCCAAAGACCAAAGAGAAAAAAUGCAAUCUUUCAGUUUUCCAUUUAUCACGCUGAACGAAGUAGAAGUUGAACAGCCAAUGUUUGGAGCAAAUUACAUUAAGGGCAAGUGCAGAGCACAGCCUAAUGGAAACUGGGUUGGAGAGUGUAAAUUCAAACUGCACUUUAAAAGUGGUGGGGCCAUUGAAUUUGGUACAGCUAUGCUGAGAGCAGCUCAAAUGGCUCAACGAAAUGGUCCUGAUUCUGAUGCUCCACCGCCGUAUCAACCACCACCAACAAAUUGGUAUGCAGCUCCUCCACCAGCUUAUCAAGCAGCACCUACAGGAUAUUAUGGAUGGGUACCACCCACUCAUGCAUUCCCAGACCAACCGCCAGCGAAUAGCGUCUUCAUGACGGACAUGCCGCCACCCUACCCCGGUAUAAACGCAGCUUAUCAGGGCUAUGACGGUCCAGCCGCUCAGCAGCAGCCAGGAGCCUGGGGUCCGACCCCCGGUGCGAACCCUCAUCCGCAGCAAAACGGGGCACCCGCCUGGGCCAACCCCAAUUACAAUGGUCAGCCAAUGUCCCAAGCAGGUCUGUACCCCAAUCUAGGAAUGCCACCAGCCAAUCCUUCAAAUAUUCCACCAUACUCGCCUUACACUCAGGCACCGGGCUAUCCUCCUCAAGGUCCCCAUCCACCCCCACAGCCCUCGCAACCGGGGCCAUACGGUCAGCCUGGAGGAUAUCCUUAUCCUUAUUAAAAUGUUAUUCGUAAAUUGGCGAGUUCAGCGAUACCUGCUGUUUUUUAGACUGUUGCAAAAUCACGAAAUAUUAUUUCGUUUAGCUUAUUACUUUUUAUCCCUUUUUUUGUUUUAAUUUAAACUAAGCAUUAAGUAUUAGGGUAAAGUCAUUGGUUGCCUUAACUGUUUGUGAGGAUUCUUGAGAGGAAUUUUGGAUUAUUCGUUGCACAUUUUUCUCCACUACUUUAUUACGAAAACUGCUAUCGAUUAUUCUUUAUUUUCACCAAUUUUUUUUUUUUGUCGUGCUUGUAAAAAUGAAAAAAUGUACAAGUCCCUAUUGUUUUUACUUUAUGAAAACCAUAAUAGCAAUAUUUUGAGGAUGAAAAAUUCCAUGUAUAUCUUUGUUGACAAAGCUUGUUAUUUUGAGUGACUUGUUAAUUAUGUAUUGUAAACCAUUAAAGUGAUAUAUAAAAUAUUGAUAUUUUUAUAAUAAAUAUAUUCCACUACACUUAAGAUAUUUUAGUAGAUGAAAAGAAGAUUGUAAUUUAUAUUUUCUCGUAAUACUUAUGAAAAAAAAAAAAAAAAAAAAACGACUGUCUGUAUGUCGUCUCUGUCGACUAUCUGUUGUUUCGAUGAAAAAUAAUGUGAUUAAAUCUACGGACACACCCAUAACAUAUACUAUUAUUAUGAAAAUAAUAUCCAAAGUAAAAUGUUUUUACUAUUAAACGCUGUGACACAACAA